UAUGCAUACCACCCAGGAUGAUGACAGUGACAAGCUCACAUGAGCCCAACCAGAUAAUACAUGGGGUCCCUACGUAUAAACUUAACUUGAUAUUCUCUCUCUUAACAAAGAAAGAUAGAAAGGAGAGAGAGACAGAGACACAGAGAGAAGGCUAAGGGCUAAGGGAGGGUGAGAAUUUGUUCAAGGAAAAAAAAAAAAAGGAAACAUACUAGUAUUGUGCCCAACGGGGAGAAGGUUCGAGGGAGGCGCGCCCUGGAAAGAAAAUCAAACAAAUAAUGAAAUAAACCACUUUUUCUUUCUCUUUCACUCUCUUCUUUCAAUGUCAACAACGAGAUGAAGUUGCAAUCUUUGAAACGUCCAUGGGGGUUUAUUGCCCAAGUCUAGUUUUCGUGUUCGGGUCUUUUUGGUCAAAAGAAGAAAGCACCGACUUUCUCAUUGUACUGAGAGGUGAGAUAGAGCGCCUAAACCCAAAAAACACACAAUACACCCCUUCCUGUUUCUCCUGAGACUCCGCCGAACUCCCGAAGAGUCUUCAACCCUAGCAAAACCAAGAAAAGUUGUAACAACAUGGCACAGUUUCUAGUGUUCUUUGUUUGUCUGUUUGUUAGUUUUUUUUAAUCUCAACUAGGCCAAUUAGCCCCCACUUUUCUUCCUUUCUUGUUAGGUUUGUUUGGUUGAUUUUUCUUCCUCAUCUUUUAUCGUCUAGAUCCCCGAGGAAAAGUCACAAUUGGUGCUAAAAAAUUCAUGGAUUUUGGGUCAUCAGGGAGAGAAGGGUUUAGUGAAGAAGAACAGAUGGGUAAAGGUAAGCUCCCUAUUUCGUAUUCUUCCUCUUCUUCUCCUUCAUCUUCUUCUUCUCAGCACAAAACCCAGCUGGUUCCUCCUCUUAGCAACUGCCGAUGGGAGAAGCAGCCUCAUCCGAUUUACGACAGCCACCACCAAAUGAGUCCCAACUGGUUAGGCAACAGGUACGAACCUGAAGAAGAUAACGAAGCAACUGCCACAGCAACUGCAAGUGAAGCUGAUUCCAAACGCGUAGACUCAGAUUCAACCCUUGAGCUCAAGAGCAGUGCAAGUGCCAACAUCGAGAAAGAACACAUGUUCGAUAAAGUAGUCACCCCAAGCGAUGUGGGAAAACUCAACCGACUUGUUAUCCCAAAACAACAUGCUGAGAAGUAUUUCCCGCUUGAUUCUUCCACAAACGAGAAAGGUCUUCUGUUGAAUUUCGAGGACAGAAAUGGGAAGCCGUGGAGAUUCAGGUACUCUUACUGGAACAGCAGCCAAAGCUACGUUAUGACCAAAGGCUGGAGCCGUUUUGUCAAGGAUAAGAAACUUGAUGCUGGCGAUAUAGUUUCUUUCCAGAGAGGAGUAGGCGAGUUUGGUAAAGAUCGUCUUUUCAUUGAUUGGAGGCGGAGACCUGAUGCACCAGACCCGGCUUCUUUUCAUCCUCAUCAACACCACUUCUCUUUUCACCGCUCAAUCCCAUGGAGUCCAUUGCUAAUGCGGCCACCACCAACAGGAAGAGAUCACUUUCACUUGUCGCAGAUACACCCUCUAAACAGAAAUAGCUACUAUGGUGGUUAUCCAACUGGAAGCAAUGUGAUGAAUCCAGCUGGAGGUACAAUGGAACCAGUAUUUUACUUGAGAUCAGCAGUGGCUGCAGCAGCCCCACAAAUGGGAAUGGGAAUGGGACUGGGAAUGAUGGAGUGGCAGCAGCAAACAGGUGGCGUUGUAGAGCCAAUUGUGUUUGACUCGGUGCCGGUGGUCCAAGGCAAGGCUGCAGCCAAGAGGUUAAGGCUUUUCGGGGUGAACAUGGAAUGCCCCACAUCGGCGUCGUCAGAUGAGUGUGAGAUGUUAUCUCCAACUACCAUCGCAAAUGCUACAAUGGCAUCGCAGCCUCCUCAACUUUCAUCGUCGUCCCAGCAUCCUCUCCAAUUAAGGCUCUACAACGGCACCCCACUGCCCCCCACUGACUUUCUUAAUGCCAACAAAGGGAAGGCUUCCAUGUCCUUGGAUUUGGAUAUGUGACCACAAGAAAUUGUAUCUGGUACAGUAUAGUCAACGCCCAAGUUAAUUAACUUUGCCACAAUCAACACUUGCCACCACCGUCAUCAUCAACAAACAACAACAAGAAAUGCGCGAAGAUAAGGCUAGAAGAAUUGCAAGGCUAGCUGCUAAUCCGCCCCUUUUUUUUUUUUCCCAAUUUAUCACUUCCUGAUUCGGAUGAGGGAGAAGACCCAGCAGUUGAAAUCUACAAUGCUGGUUUAUGAUCAUAUCCAUAUCUAUACUGAAUAAAAAGGGACGGAAGAAUAUUGAUGAGUAUUUGAGGAAAAAAAAAAUCAGAUUUCAAUGUUGUUGUUUUAGCGGUUAAUUAAUUAGAACAGAAGGGGAGUUCAGGGUUUGGGUGACUGUGAAGAUUUAGUUAGAGAUGAGAUGAUCACAACCAUAACCCAAGGAGUCUUUUGUUUUUAACUUUGUGUAUAAAAUAUAAGUAUUACACAUUGAUAGAUACAUAUAUGAGACAUAGAUCCAUCAAGCCCGAGAUUUCAUGUUUGCUUUUUGUAGGGCCUGGUCUCUCCUGAAUGUAUCCCAUCCCAUUGUUUCCACUGAAUUAGUUCCCAAGUAUCUCUAUUCCCUUUGGCUCGUAA